GGAAGGGAAGGUAGAGAACAGUUGAGCAAACAGUCCAGUUUCUGGAAUAUUGAGGCUAAUGGCCACAGCUCCAGGUGAAACUCAUUUCUCUUUCUCUCUUUCAGGAAGUAUUGACCAGGACAGCUUUCUCUACCUUGGUGCAGAUGUGGACUAUAACUCCCAGAAUUUCCGUCAUCAUGACCAUUCUUGGGCUGUAGUUCAACAGAUCUGAAGGACACCAGAGUGGGGAAAGGUGAUACAUUUCCUGCCUGUACAGUCCCUGAUUUCAGCAUGUUUUUUUUUUCUUUUUGCCUGGGCUUUUAAAGACAGAUGGUUUGAUUUAUGAAUUUCACUGACUUUUAAAAAUACAAACGGUAUUAUAUAUUGUAUACUUUCCAAAUUUGUAAACCACUAUGGGAGAGGGUAAGCAGCAUUUUAACUAAAAAGUUAUGAAUUUAUUCCUCUAGCUAACAUCAUUUCUGAUCUAAUGAUGCUAUAUAAUAUCCCAGCCCUCUCUGUAAUGUUGUACAUGUUGGCUUUCUAUUCCAGAACUUUCUUCUCUAGGUUUCUUACUGGUAUCCUCCAUCUCUAAUUCUCCUUGUCAUGGAAGCCAUUUCUAACAUUCUACAGGAUGUAAGAGAUUACUGGGCUGAUCAUUUCUCUCGUAGAUUUUUACCCAGAAGGCCAACGCUUCGCCAAGCAACUUCCUUAUCCACCUUUUAUUUGUUGGACUACAAAACCCGACAAGCUGAACUUGGAAUCGAUUAUGGCCAUCCAUGUGCUCAGCUGAGCAAAGCAAAGUUUGUCUUCCAAGAUGGUGAGUGGCAGAAUGAGAGUAUCCCCCAACAGAUGCCCUUACUGCAGUUAUUCUCCUCUCCAGAGAAGGAAUCACCCAACAAGGCCCUGAAGAAAACAAACAAAGCCUUACUGGAAGAGAACAAUUACUUGAAACUACAGCUUGAGCUGCUGAUGGACAUGCUGACAGAGACCACCGCACGACUACACUCAGUAGAAAAAAAACUGGACACUACUACUUGGCAUUCAAAUAUGAAAAAGUCAAAUAACAAGGGCUUCCUGACUAGAAGGGAAAGCUAUUAGUCACUUGUGCGGGUGCUGCUUGGCUUGAAUCAACUAUGAAGUAAAUGAAAAUUCAUGGCUGCUUCAUUUCUUGUUCUAGCAGAUAAGCAGCAGCGCUCUCUGAACUGUCUGCAGAUGUUUUCUCCAACCUUCUAGUUCCUCUACCCCAUGACUAUAAUGGAGAUAUUACAGGGUUGCAGAAAGUCUGAAUAUGAAGCUCAAAAAGCAGCACCCAAAUUCUUCUACAGUUUCAACUAAUUUGAAAAGAACUGCCAUAAUGAUACUUUGAGAUAUUUUUGGAUCUGUUGUCCUGCUAACUUGCUGCUAAAGUUUGUAAUAUUUUAAAUAUUGAACUCACAUACAUCAUCCAGUACAAACAU